AUGCCGUCGUCAGUGCCAGCUAGAGAGGACGUUAGAUCUCCUCUCCUUACGGAGAACUCAAGGCGAUCUGGGGAGGUUUGGGAAGAUGCAACUGCUAUUGCAAGACAGUCCGAUAAAGAGGGCGAGUCGAAGAGUAGCUGGUAUUUGUUUUUGCUGACUUUAAGUAUUGGCGGGCUGCAGAUUGUCUGGUCUGUUGAACUAUCAAAUGGAUCGCCCUACCUACUUUCUCUGGGAAUGAGUAAAUCCUUACUUGCAUUUGUAUGGAUUGCUGGACCCUUGACUGGGACACUUGUUCAACCCUAUGUGGGGAUUCGCAGUGACAACUGUCGGGUUCCAUGGGGAAAGCGAAAGCCUUUUAUGAUUGGAGGUGGGAUUGCUACGGUAAUAUCUCUGAUGGCACUCGCCUGGGUUCGUGAGAUGGUCGGGGGAGUGUUGGGGAUAUUUGGGGCCGGCGCUCAAUCCGAAGGCGUCAAAGUGACCACGAUCGUGGUGGCAACUUUCUUCAUGUUUUGUCUCGAUUUUGCUAUAAACACAGUUCAAGCAGCAAUACGUGCUUUUAUUGUUGACAAUGCGCCUGCGCACCAGCAAGAAUCAGCGAAUGCCUGGGCUAGUCGGCUCACCGGCAUUGGCAACAUUCUAGGUUAUAUUUCAGGUUAUCUGGAUUUACCUAAAGUCCUUCCCUUCUUCGGGAAUACGCAAUUUAAAGUGCUUUGCGUGAUUGCCUCUCUCGCAUUGGGAACCACUCUUCUCAUUAGUUGUUUAUAUAUUCAAGAACGAGAUCCUCGACUAGAAGGCCCACCUCGCAGCAAGAAUCCAGGAGUUAUAUGUUUCUUCAAACAGGUUUUCGCGUCCAUUAAACGGUUACCACCGCAAAUUCGCAAAGUAUGCGAGGUCCAGCUUUGCGCCUGGGUGGGGUGGUUUCCAUUCUUGUUUUACUCAACUACUUAUAUCGGACAGCUCUAUGUCAAUCCGAUUUUUGACCAGCAUCCGGAUCUCCCUGAAGACGCCAUAUCAGCUAUCUGGGAGGAGGCCACGCGGGUGGGCACCUUUGCUCUCUUGGCCUAUGCGGUCACGUCGUUUGUUGCGAGUAUGGUCCUUCCGCUACUUGUCGUUCCCACUUAUCGUCCGGCUUUAGCGCAGGAUUCCGAUACCGACACCACGUCUAGUGAUCGGCCCUAUCUGAGUCGCCAUCCAUCAACUUCGACUCUCUCGUUCACCGCCUCGGCGGGUGCGGCAAUCGAAACGAGCCAUGAACCUGUACAGCCCUCCGAAAAAUACAACGUUCUCUCUAAGCUCCAAAUACCGGGUCUUACACUCCGAAGAUUGUGGUUUCUUUCCCAUGUUUUGUUUUCUUUGUGCAUGUUUAGUACGUUUCUCAUAUACUCCCCCCAGGCUGGAACUGUGGUAAUCGCCAUUGUUGGGAUAUCCUGGGCACUCACCCUUUGGGCUCCGUUUGCGUUUAUUUCGGCAGAGGUUGCAAAGAGUGAUGCGGAGAACCGGGAGCGAAGACAUCAGCUUAGGCAGGGUAUUCCCGACCUCAGUCACGGUCAUCCAGGCUCAGAAUGCGACGAGAACGGGAGCAGCGAGGAAACGGUCGAUCAAGCUGGAGUAAUUUUGGGGAUUCAUAAUGUCGCCAUCUCGUUUCCACAGAUUGCCUCGACGCUGAUCAGCAGUGCAAUUUUCAAGGCGCUGCAAAAGCCUAGAGGGGAGCCGUGGGACGACAGUGUUGGCUGGGUCUUGCGUUUUGGUGGCUGCGCAGCUCUAGGUGCUGCAUACAUUACAACACGGCUGGGCGAAGGGGCUGGUGGCAAGACUUCUGGAGAGAACGGGGAUAUGGCGUAGUUGAGCUCUUGACGAUUUAUAUGGACCUGGACGUCUGGGUAUGUAUGGAGUAAUUGUUUUAGUGUUUUUUUUGAGUUCACACUGUAUGGAAUCCGCAAUAUAUAUACAUAUCUACUUUUGUAGG